AUGGUUAUAUGGGUAUUGAGUUCAACUGUAUCAGCGUUAAGUAACUCCGCCUUCAUACAAGAACAACCAAUUGAGGUUAAUAAAUCUACGACUUACGAAGUCUUAAUACGUGCGAACGAUGCGUCCGCGAAUGGCACGUGGACUACCGUCCCUCUGUACUCUGCCAUCGUAGCUGAGAUCAAUGCUACAACAAGGAGCUCAAAGAAAUACUCUACCCAGUUCGGGGUCUUUGAUUAUGAUGGGACCGUGCAAGUAUCGGUCACGCCUAAUCCGACUAUCUUCCCUGUUCUCUCAUCUGUCCGCAUACGGCCGUUAUCUUAUGGGAUUCUGCCGGAUCCAUGCAACAAUAUCGUUGUGGAAGUGAACGACGAUAUAUUUAACGUUGUUCAUCUCUUCACAAGUGAGAUCGAGACAGAUCCCAUCGCGGAACAGGAGGCGGCCAAUCGCAGUGAUCUUGUAUACUAUGGACCCGGCUAUCAUGAACUGCCAGGCCAACUCAAUCUCACAUCCGGUCAAACGCUUGUCGCAGGAACCGCUGUCAGUAUUGUCAACGCCUCUGACAUCGCGGUUAGAGGAAGGGGUUUUCUUUCAGCCGCUAUCAGCAUACAGUACUCGAGCAAUAUCAUCAUUGAUGGCGCCUUCGUGUCAACAGGAGGGUUCCUUGUGGCCCAAUCCCAGUUGAUCCAUGCUCGCGGCUGGCGCAGCAUCACCAGUCACCAGUGGGGCGACGGCAUGGAUAUAUACUGUAGCCAGGAUGUGCUCGUGGAGAAGGUCUUCAUACGCAGUUCAGACGACUGUAUCGCGCUCUACCAGCACCGCAAUGAUUGGUGGGGCAACUCGUCGAAUAUAACGGUACGGGACCCAUCGCUCUGGGCCGACAUUGCUCAUCCAAUCAACGUCGGUACGCACGGAAACCCAUUGAGCCCAGAGACAAUGGACGGAGUUACUUUUCGGAAUAUCGAUAUUCUCGACCAGCGAGAGCCGCAGAUUAAUUACGAAGGCACCAUCGCCUUUAGCAUCGGUGAUGAGAACUCGGUUCAGAAUGUUGAAAUUGAUGACAUUCGAUCCAAUAAUGCACCGGGCCGUGGGCUGAAGAUUGUCACAGUGAAGGAUAUGGCCUAUAACUCCGACAAGAGUAAUGGCCACACAAUCAACACCGCAGCCAUAUACAGCUAUGCUGAGGAUUGUUCGGUUGACUUUGUCGAUUUCCAGGGUUUAACUAUCAACGGUCUGCACGUCUGGGAUAACAUGACCAAGCCAAGCUGGUAUGUCACGACGGACUACGUCCCGGCGGUAGUUGGCAGCUUUGUGAACAACUUGACAUUCUCUGCAUGA